GCAGCGCCCCGGGCCAAUGACAAACCGGAGCAGCAAAUCCACGGCCAGGGGGCGGGGACCACCUGAAAACGAAAGUGAUUCGGUUUAGGAGUCCGGGGAGCUAGGGAGCGUGCGCAGCGCCCGGGGCUCCCUGCUGCGGGAAGGGAGAUUGCCAAGUGCUGCGCGGGUCAGGCAGCGAACAGAAUCCGGAGUGAGACCGGAGCAGCCUCGACUCCGAGCCCGCCGGGAGCCCCGGCGCGUUCCACACCGGGGAGUCCGCCCGCCCCCUUGGAGUCAGGCCCCUGCCGCGCCCGGGGGAGAACGAAGUGCAGAGAAAGACCGCCUGAACCUUACGGCAGCACCAUGUCAUACCCGUGCGAUCCCCCUCCCUACAGUGACAAGAACCACCUCAUCCCGGUGCAGCCUGAGGACUACUCGCAGCUGGGACCCUCCGCUGUGGGGUACCUGCAGCCUCGGGGGUACCCACAGCCGGGGGGUGAUCCUGGGGCCUCUGUGCAGCCUGCAGCCUGCGCUGGGGGCUACCUGGUGCCCGGAGGAUAUGCACCCUCAGUGGGCUAUCCCCAGCCGAUGGGCUCAGAGCGCCCCAGGCCAGGGCUUCCCAUGCGCUCAGGGGAUACCGCUCUCCCCACCGGGAACAGCUACAUCGUCACCAGCUUCGGGGACGACGUCGUCAGGACUAUUGACUGGGACGACAAGGAGCCGGGCCGGUGCCCCCGGGUGACCCCUCUGUGCCCGUCUGUGCCCUGUGGGUGGGCCGGGCUGGUGCCCCCGGGUGACCCCUCUGUGCCUGUCUGUGCCCUGUGGGUCUACACCAUCAUCUCAGUCCAGCUGCUGGUGACCGUGGGCAUCAUCGCCGUGUUCACCUUCGUCUCCCCCGUCCGCAUCUUUGUGCAGGGGAACGUUGCUGUGUACUACUCCUCUUAG